AGCAAAACAAAACAAUUAACCUAACCAUCAACCAUCAAUAACAUAACCUAACUAACCAAGGGAAAGAGUAAGGAAAGACCAAACCAAGACUUUAAGACUUUUUAUUUAAGACUUAGAAGUUAGAAGUGAAGUUAGUGAUUUGAUAACUAUUGUGCAUGAAGAGGUCUUAGUAAUGUCGAUAUUCUAGUUUUGUUAAAAAAUGUUCAUAUUUCGUACCACCUACCGAAGGCUGUUUCGAGUGAUUAAUUCAAAUUUCAGCUACGCUAAAUUAAAUACCUUAUCAAACACAAAGAAUAAGAAUAUCUUGGUAAUUGGUCUAUUACCAAUAAUCCCCACCAUUUCAGCACAAAGUUUAGGCAUUAAAGAAGAAAUUAAACCUAAUUUUAACAAUACUAUAGAAGAGAACAAGCAGACAAAUUAUGUAGGCCUACCUAUCGAUGAUGAGAAAACACCUUGGGAAAGAGUGAGAGCUAUAUUCGAAAGAGAUGAAUAUGGGAAAUUCAGUAAAGAGUUGAUUACCAUUCUCAACUCAAGUUAUUUGGCAGCAAUGAUUGGUAGCAUGUAUGGUGGGAUUCAGAGCUCUCGAAACGCUUUUGUUGAUUUCAUGGAGAGGAAUCAAGCAACCAUUUUCGAUAACCAUCUUGAUGCUAAAAGAAAACUGCAAAACCAUGUGACGAUACAUUUUGCAAAAGGUGCGUUCAAAUGGGCUUGGAGGAUGACUGCUUUUACCGGUGGAUUUACCUUGGUGUUUUUUUCGCUUCAUGCCUAUCGAGGAUCUACAAGUCUUCUGGAUUAUGGGACUAGUGGCGCCAUAAUUGGAGCAAUUCUGAGAUUAAAACUCGGGCCAACAGGAAUACUUAUUGGAGGAACCGUAGGUGGAAUAUUAGGCUUCUUUUGUGGAUUGGUAAAUCAAUCUCUACUCAGUCUAUUCAAUGUCUCGUACGAUGAUGUAUUGUCAGCGCAGUGGAAAUUUGACAGAGAACGAGCAAUGCUGAUGGAAGAAAAUCUCAAAUUAAAAUUUGAAAAUAGUAACCAGGCACCCAAAGCAGCUAUUGAAAUGCUGAAAGAUCGUGAAAAUCAGUCAAAAGAGUUAUGAUUAGUUUUUAAUUCCAACUGUACUUUAUUAGGAAUGUAAAUAAAUGUUACUCAAGACCUUU